GUUCCGCUCUCAUAUUUCAGCCGUUCUUACCGUUAUUAUGAUUAUAUAUUGUUGUGGUUCAUGUCAGAAGCACCUGAAUAAAAUAAGAAUAAUUGAUUGAUCCUGAUUUCAGGUUGGAACCAACUGCACCAGAAAAUUUCUGUCGCCAUGGGAAUAUCCGACGAACCGUGAAGACGCGGAGCACAAGCCUUCAGUACUGGAGAAUUGAAUUUCGAAACAUCGUCAACAUAGAGCAUACCGGUACCGUACAUGACCAGCGAUUGGCGAACGCUGAGGAAUAGUACAUUUGAAUUUAGGGCAAGAAAUAUAUGGUACCGCGGAUAGCGUUAAUCCCGCAUCUCGUUUUAGUACGGUUAUUAUCAUACUAUGUCAAAUGCAACAAAGGAAUUCUCAGUAGACGUUCUUUUAAAAGAAACAAAUGAAGUUUUCACGGUUAAAAAUGUCACCGUUCAGAUGACCGUUGAAACACUGAAAGUCAAUUUGGAAAUUAUUGCAGGAAUACCAAAACCUUUACAAAGGUUGAUGUACUUGGACGAAGGUGACAUGGAGGAUAAUAGCACUCUUCAACAUCACGACAUUGUUUCAGGAGCCAAAAUUACAAUGAAAAUAUGGCGAACAUGGAUGCACUUGAUUCAAGCUUGUGUCAAAGGUGAACUCAGAGAGGUGAUGAAAUUAGGAGUAACACCAGACAGUGAAUAUCAAGAUCCAAAUUCUAAUUUUAUGGGUAAAGAACGAAGGAUUGAUUGGUUUUUUGAACGACAAUCUGUGGCAUUAUAUGUAUCUGCUCAUCGGGGUCGAGUUGAUAUUAUGAAGAAAUUAAUUUCAAAAGGUGCUGAUGUGUCCAAAGCAACAAAAUGUGGUAGGACUGCAUUGCAUGUAGCAGCAGCUUCAGGACAAGAUGCAUGUGUUGAUUUGUUAUUAUCAUAUGGUGCAGGUGAACUGAUCAAAUCAGAAGACAAUUUUGGAAAAACACCACUUCUUCUUGCAUCGGAAUGGGGACAUAAAUCCAGCGAGAGACGAUUGUUUUUAUUCCAGUGGCAAGUUCGUGCUUCCCAGAUGAAAGCCGAUGUCAGUAAAAGCGAUAAGGAUUUAAUGGCACAUCAAAUGUUUGAUUCAUCUCUCAAAACACACCUGCAAGGAUGUCAAAGCCAGUUGUAUUUUUCAAAUGUGCUACCACCACAGGAAUUUGAAGGAACUGCGCUAGAGUCCAAGCACAGCAAACAUUAUCAUAAAAUACUACAGAGCGAAUUAAAGAGAGAGAAGAAUUCGAAAAAGAAUGGUGCAAUAAAGAGUAAAGCAAAACGGAAAGUUAGACUCUCAUGAUGCUUCGCUAUAGAUUUUUUUACAUAUAAAUAACUACCAGUACUGUUUCAUUUACUUGCUUAUCCCGUGCCUAUAGUUAUCACUGUCAAAAAUAUUUUCUACUUUCUUAAUUACUUGAUUACCAAGAAAAGCUUACAACUGUUCAUGCAUGA